GAUCACCUGUCAGUAUUACAGCAUCAAAAACACGGCCAAGAAAAUUCGUUGAUUUGGCUUUGGUUUUUUUUGAACUACUAAGCACAGAAAAAGAUGGUUACUCUCGUUGUUUGGCUAUUGGUAGCCAUGGCAACAUAUGCCUAUGGUCAGAAUAAGCCAAUAGCUUGUCCCGGUGUAAAACUGAUUCGACUUAACUGCUUUAAGUCUGCGAAUCCUAAAGCUUCCAUGCCAAACUUAAUCUUCACCAAAAAAGUAAACUAUCGACAAUGGAACGAUCACCUCAAGUCUGUGGUUUGUCAGUGUGUAGCAAAAAGAGGCAAAUCUAACGUAGUUGGAAUCAGGAAUGUGGGUGAAUGUAGAACUGGUAACCUGUACGCGAAGGAAGGCACAGCCCCAUUAAAAGAUUGCAACACUUGGAAUGCUACACCUUGUAAAUCAAAGGCUGACUGUGUUGGAAAUGGAAAUACCGUGUUUGUCUACAGGGUUGAACCUAUUACAACGCCCAAACCUGCUGUAACGACCAAACCGACCAAGCCGAACACUAAGGGAAAGAAAGUAGUCAGUAAGAAGCCCGCCAAAACAUCUCCGGAAAACUUAAUGUGUAAGUUUUAUUAA